GUUCAUCAGAAGUCGGAAAACCUCAAUGUACCCAUUUGAUGUCGGAAAAGAUAGUCUGACGGCGACUAGCAAACGUUUGAUGACUGAGGCCUGCCGGAUAUGCCCCACCUACCUAAGUCAAGUUGGGGACCUAUCCAACACCACCCGACUAAGUCAAUAGAUCUCUGCUACCAGAUCACGUGGGGAAUACUACACGCAUAUGUACACACACAAACACACACACACACACAUAUCGCUCGACUGACGAAGACAUUCUUGCCCAAACUUUGAUUGGGUUGGGUUUAAGAAAAUACGAAUGUCAGCCAAUUGAAAGUUGAUUCAGUGAAUUCAUUGGAUAAUUGAAGUCAGCAAAUUGAAAGUUGAUUCAGUGAAUUCAUUGGAUAAUUGAAGUCAGCCAAUUGAAAGUUGAUUCAGUGAAUUCAUUGGAUAAUUGGAGUUAGCCAAUUGAAAGUUGAUUCAGUGAAUUCAUUGGAUAAUUGAAGUCAGCCAAUUGAAAGUUGAUUCAGUGAAUUCAUUGGAUAAUUGAAGUCAGCCAAUUGAAAGUUGAUUCAGUGAAUUCAUUGGAUAAUUGAAGUCAGCCAUUUGAAAGUUGAUUUAGUGAAUUCAUUGGAUAAUUGGAGUCAGCCAUUUGAAAGUUGAUUCAGUGAAUUCAUUGGAUAAUUGGAGUCAGCCAUUUGAAAGUUGAUUCAGUGAAUUCAUUGGAUAAUGUCAAGGUCGCUUGUCUGGUUGUUUACAGUUGUGGGCUGUCUAACGUACCUAUCGGCAGUAAAGCCAAGUGACGUCAUACCUCAACAGCGAGACACGAUUUACUGCCGACUACUGAGGGGCAGCUGCUUGCCCAAGUGUGACCACACACAGACCAUCAAUGUCGUCAGCCUGUGUCCUCAAGGUCAGAUCUGCUGCUCGACUUCAAGGUCGCAGUUUGAAAGUAGGUCGCAGUUUGAAAGUAGGUUGCAGUUGGAAAGUAGGUCGCAGUUUGAAAGUAGGCCGCAGUUUGAAACGCCUCACGUCAGCCUAAACAUUGCUACUCAGCGUCCUACAUUGAUCCAAUAUGGCGACCUGUCCAAUAGCACCAGAGACCAAACUAUUCAGACGUCAAACAGCUUCCACAGGUGUGGCCUACCUGCACGUGUCAGACGUGUUGUGGGCGGGACAGAGGCGGCGCGAGGCCGCUACCCCUGGAUGGUGUACAUCGCCCGUGACCCCCACAAAGACGACCUGUGUGGUGGGGCCCUCGUCUCUAGCCGACACGUCAUCACAGCCGCUCACUGCUUUGACUUCCUGGACGGCAAGUGGCCGGAGCUGACCUUUGGCGAGUACAGACGGCAGGAACCAGGCAGCUCGAGGCUGUCUACAUCAUCGUACCGGGUGAUCACACACCCAGAGUAUGAUAGGGUCACCUACAGUUAUGAUAUCGCCCUGCUGACUCUAGAUAGAGCCACCCCGCUCCAAGACAACCCCAAUCUCAACCCAAUCUGUCUGCCACAGGCCAACCAGACCAUAAGUGGAGCCUGUACAGUGGCGGGUUGGGGGUCAACCUCCAGGACAGCAGAUUACCCAGCUGUUUCAUCACCGUCUUUGAUGAAGACAUCAGUGCGAGUGGUAGAUGGGAAGUAUUGCAAGGAAAAGUUUGGAGGGCUUUAUAACUCUCUAAGUCAGAUUUGUGCCGGGGACUUGGAUGGAGGGUCCGACUCUUGUGUGGGGGACUCAGGCGGACCCCUGAUGUGUGGAGACGACGUAUUGUAUCUGAUGGGGGUCAUCUCAGCCGGCUCGAACCCGUGCGGUCAAACAGACACCCCGGCCCUCUAUACCGACGUACGCAAGUCUCUUGAUUGGCUGACCUCAGUCAUGUGACCAACAUUAAUUGACUUAAGUCAGUUUACAGGAAGUUCAAUAAACAAGUU